ACAGUUAAUUUCGUAACGUCGUGCAUUUAACAGUUUUCCUAGUAAGAAACGUUGAUAAAAAGUUAUGAUUAGAAAAUUUUAACUGUAAUUUAUUGAUUUAACAAUUUGAGAUAGAAAUAAAUGUAAUAUUGCAUAAUUUAAAUAACAAUACAAACUCCCUUUGUUCUGAACUUUUUGAACUGGAGGCGACGUUGCCGUUCUUACUGUGUGAACUUUCUUUGUUGUUACUUAGGUAAUUUUAAAGAAAAUUAUAUUGGAAUAAGUUAUAAUUUAAAACUUGUAAACUUGUUUAAGAGAAAUAAAUACAAGGAAUGCUUUUGUGCUUUGAAAUGUGUGUUUUGGAACGCUAUUCAUUUUCUGAUGCAAUAACGGUUUGGCAACAGCGCGCGGAAUCCGAUUGAUUACGCUGAUGUUAAUACAGAUGUGGUAGACAUAGAAACCAUUCGAUAUUCCAGACUAAGCGUUCCUUUAUGAGGUACUAGGCCUCGGCGCCCGGUCGCUCGGACCGUCGGGUCGAGCAGAGGGGGAAUCGGCGCGAGCAAUCCAAGAGGACCUGUCGGCCACUGCUUUGCUCCAGCGCACGCUUCGGUGCCGAUUCACCCGCCGCUCGAAUCGCCCAGCCCGACCAUGUCGAGAGCGGGCGCGAGGCACCCGGAUGCUGACGAGCGCCAGCCCAGCUCCUCCACGGCGCCGCAGCAGCAAGAGGACGGCGAAAUGCAGCAGCAGCAGCUGUACGCGACGCUCAACGAGUACCUUCAGCUCGAGUACAAGUUCCAGCCGCGCUUGUGUCUCCCGGAAGACUCGGAGAGCGGGGAGGUGACGAUCGGCGCGAGAGACGGCGCUGCACACGUGCUCCGCUGUCUCAAGGUUUGGUUCGAUCUACCGCCGGACGUACUCAUCAGCGCUAUCAAUCUGUUUGACAGAUUCCUAACAAAAAUGAAGGUGCGUCCGUGUCACGUGCCGUGCAUCACCGUCUCGUGCAUGAACGUGGCGCUGGAUGAGUACGCCGAGAUCACUAACCAGCCCAGGACGGUCUCCGUUGAAGAGCUGGUGUCGGUGUCGCAGUCGGCGUGCACGUGGCGCGACGUGGCGCGCAUGUCGCGCGUGCUGGCCGACAAGCUGGCGCUCAACAACGCGCGUGCAGUCACGCCCUUGCACUGGCUGCGCCUCUUCCGCACGCUCGCGCCCGCACAGCCGCCGGAAAACGAACUGGUGAAUCUUCUGGAGAUAGCGAUCUGCGAUGCGGGCUGCGCCAACGCUCGGCCCAGCGAGUUGGCACUAGUACUUGUCUAUCAUCAACUUGAAAAGCAAUUGACAGAGUGGGCGAGGCACAACGCGGUGUCCGAUGAGCUGUACUACUUGUACGAGUUUGCUUCCCAGCUGCAAGCCUACUGUAAUAUGUCGGACGCUUCGCUGGUGGCGACGCGCGGGCGCUGGCGCGGCGUGCUGCAGCGCUACGAGGCGCGCCAGGCCGCGCCGCACAAGCAGCGCCUCGUCUGGAGGCUCUCCGAGCGCACCCUCAAGGUGCUACGUCCAACGGAUCGUCUCACAUCGCUGUUGCCCACUAUCGAAGAGCAGCACUACGCCGUUGACGCCAGCACGCCCACCAGAACCAGAUCGGGCAGCGAAAGUAGCGAAAACGAGGAGACAUCAGAUUGGCCGCGAAGUCCCGUCCUUCCCGUAUACUGUAGCAACUGAGAGUCCCCGAGAUGUCCAGUGACCUUUCGAAGAACAUCACGGAGGCCUUCCUUGUAUGUCGAAGAACACACAGUGAUAUUUAGUACAUAGUGUGUAUAUUGCCAAUGUUUUUAAUAUGGAUAAUAUGUUUAACGACAAGACCAUUUUGUUUAUCAUCAAUACAAAACUAUAUCUCUCAGAAUAAAGGUGCUUUUAACUUUAGAUGUACUUUUGACUGAUCGCCAAUGAUUUCCAACGUUAUGGUAUUUUGGUGGCUCUAUAAAAUAUCUCUUGUGCAAUAUACUGAAAAAUUUUCUAUUAUUAAUUUAACUCGGUCAAAGGGACAACUUUUUUUAAAUCAUUUUCAUUUAGAUGUAUUUAGCUGUGUGUACAGCAAUCUUCGACGUGCUCGCAAGGUCUCAGGUUCGAGCUUUGCUUGUUACUUUCGAUCGGUUUAAUGGAGGAUAUAGUAGGACGGAAACAGCGAUGAACUAUUGUAAGUGUAUUUCGUUAAAAAUAAGUACAGUUUCUCAUGAACAUUACAAACUCUUUAAAAUUUGAAUAUUAAACUAAUCUAAAUUCAUCUUUAAGGAAACUCAAUAGGACGUCGCAUCUUCCGUAUUCUCGGGUAAGAUCAGUUGAGAUCCCACUUUUGAAUGAGUCAAAAUUCCGUGAUCCACUGAAACAGUGUUGCCGUUCUAGUCGGGGAUGGUCUUUAUAUUGGACCUUAUCUAUGCGAAACAUAUUGUGAUUGGACAAAAUCUGUAUAAUGUGUUUUUCUACUUAAGCUAAUAUUCGUAUUUAUCAAUUGUUUAAGUAGCAAGGUAUUAAAAAAAAACUAAAAAAAUUAAAAAUAACAAUAAAUAUUAUAUGCAAUUUUCUGUUAAAAGUUUAUUUGAAUGUUUCAUAAAUAUGUUGAAGUAACGUUACCUACAUUUGUCUGAUCACAAUUUUCUAACCGUUGCCCGACUCAAAGAAAACCAAAUCUUUGAGAAAAUCUAUUAAAAUCAUAUUAUAAAUUCAAAAUAUUGCAGUCUGUCAAUAAGUACUAGUUGAAAAAAUUUAAUAGUAUUGUGGUUUUUGUUUCGGGGGAAACGUUCCUUCCACGUCUCGACUCCUAUCACGAGCAUAGCUUUAAUUGUAUAUUUUUAAUAAGUCAUUGUUGAAUAAGACGCGGGAACGAACGCUUCCGCCCCCCCACUCAAUAGCUUUUUACUGUGAUGAUGUUUGUAAGUGAAGAAAAUAUCGAAAAAAAAUUCCAUAUUAUUAUAGCGUAUAAGUUAUGUAAGCCGAGACGACCGGAUGAAUGAAUUUUUUGUGUAAAACUAAAAAAAAUGCCACCGAUGAUUAAAAGAAUAAAGUACAUAAUUUACUUAGUAUUAGAAUGUGCGAUAAUUUAUAUAUUUCAUUAAACGACUAACUCUUUGUCAGGGGUUUUGUAAUUUCUAUUUAAAAUAUACAAAAAAAAAUGUGGGAAAUAAUUUUUGUCAGUUUAUUUCAUAGUUAUCGUAAUAUUUGAUACUUACUUCUAAUUAAUAUCGUAUCUAGCUAUAAAUGAAUAAAUGACAAAAAAAAAUAUAAAUCUUGAAAAAUCAGAAAAAAAAUGAUCUCAGGUAUUUUUUCGUAGUGUAACAAAAAUAUCAAAUUAAAUCAUUACAAAAAAAAAUAUUUUCCUUGUCUUUGUACGUGUGUAGUUUUAAUGUAAAUGCGUGUGUGAAAGAGACCAAUUGCAUUUCAGCGUUUACGCUAAUGUGUAAAUGAUUAUUAUAAUUAUUGUAAAUUGAGACAAAUUAAUUAGAAAAUUUAAGAUCUAUUUUACACGUGAAGGUGAUGCGUGUGUAUUUUAAAAUGCUCUUCCGUACAAGUGUGAGGAGUAAAUGUAAUAUAUAAGAAAUUGUCAAUGGAAAGCAUGUUACUGUAGAAAGGAACGAGUUGAUAGAUUGAUAAAACAGCGAAACUGCACUGAUUUUUGAUAGUCUGUGGUUGUUCGUUAUGGCAUGGCAUAGUUUAGCGUACAACAUCACUAUCGUAAGGGGGCGGUACCCAUUCAUAAAGUACAACAAUAUCUGUAUGGCAGUUUAUCUAAAAGAAUACGAAACUUCAUAGGCGUGAGCUGUUACCCGCACCAUGCUGUUACGAGCUUGGGGUUCGAGAUAAUUAAAAACUGCCGAGUGAAUUACCAAAAUUGACUAUUUAAUUACACAAGACUAAUUAAAUAAAUACGUAAUACCUGAUUGCCUUGAUAGCACGUGCGACCUUUCCCUCAAUAAGGCGUUAAUGAAAAAAAAUCAAUCUGUCAACUCGUCCAUCAUUCACGCAACAUAUGACGUGGCGCCAUAGAAAUAAACAGUGAAAAGUAAAUAAUAUUGUAAUAAAACAUUUUUUUUCUUUUUUAUGUAUCGUACGAUCGCUUUUUUAUAACUAUGCGCGUCACUUGGCUUGUGGAAUCGAAUUGUGUUGAUCAAUGUACAAUAAACAACAUUCGUAACACCAAAACAUGUGAUGAAACAGAGUGAAAUAUAAGUCUCGAAUGAGAAUAAAAACAGUUACGAUUCUUAUUUUGAGUUUUAUUUUUUGAUGUUCUGACGAUAUUAUUAUUUAUACUUUAUUGUACACCAC